AUGGUCUUACUCAAUGGCACGUUGCAGGAACAUAACAACUAUUGCGAGACGAACGUGGGCACUGUCAUUUCCAGUCCUUCCCCACGGGAUCCGGCUAAAGUUGUUGACGGGUAUAUAGAUACUCGCGACAGCUACGAAGGUGAUUACAUUCCAGCGGUGCUGGUGACACCUUUGGAACUCAAAGUGAUUGCCACUAGUUUAUCAGCCGGUAUCACGAUGCUGGCUCAAUGCACGGCCUUACCAAGUUAGCACAUGUUGCGUGUGAUGAUAAAAAUGGUGCAGUGGGACGAAAAUGGCAAUACGCAGGUAACAUUGAGAUUUUGUCCCCAGGGUAUGAAAGCACAGGAACAUAUGCAAAAAUAUACUGAUAUGGCUGUCCAACCAAAUGUCGCGUACACGGGUUUUGAAUUUCGUAAUAAGCAGUUUAAAAACAGGGUGGAUGAGUCGCGCCUCCGACUUCUAGGAAUGGAACCAGAGCAUUCCGUCACCCAUCAAUAUCCUCAGGUCUCAGCACAAACGGCUGUAGUCCUAACCAAGGAGCAGGAGAGGUAG